GCCAUCGUACCACGUGACCAAGAAGGGAAGAGGAUUCUGGAUUUCUGGGGGUGAACCUGAAGCCGCCGUCAUGCAGAGCACAGCCAACUACCUGUGGCUCAUAUCCGACCUGUUGGGUCAGGGGGCUACGGCUAAUGUCUACCGCGGGAGGCACAAGAAAACGGGGGACCUGUAUGCUGUGAAGGUGUUCAACAACCUGAGUUUUCUGCGACCACUUGAUGUUCAGAUGAGAGAGUUUGAGGUUCUGAAGAAAUUAAACCACAAGAACAUUGUCAAGCUGUUUGCUGUUGAAGAGGAGUCCAACACGAGACACAAGGUUCUGGUGAUGGAAUACUGCCCCUGUGGGAGUCUGUACACGGUGCUGGAGGAGUCUUCUAAUGCCUAUGGGCUGCCUGAGGACGAGUUCCUCAUUGUGCUACAGGAUGUAGUGGCAGGUAUGAACCACCUCAGGGAGUAUGGCAUUGUGCACCGCGACAUAAAACCAGGCAACAUCAUGCGUGUCAUUGGAGAGGAUGGCCGGUCCGUCUACAAGCUGACAGAUUUCGGAGCAGCCAGGGAACUGGAGGACGAUGAGCAGUUUGUGUCUCUGUAUGGCACUGAGGAGUACCUGCACCCAGACAUGUAUGAGCGUGCUGUGCUGAGGAAGGACCACCAGAAGAAGUAUGGGGCCACGGUUGACCUGUGGAGCAUUGGGGUCACUUUCUUCCACGCUGCCACUGGGUCACUCCCCUUCAGGCCCUUUGAAGGGCCCCGCAGGAAUAAGGAAGUAAUGUAUAAGAUCAUCACGGAAAAGCCAUCAGGAACCGUCUCCGGACAGCAAAAGUUUGAGAAUGGGAAGAUUGAGUGGAGCACAGAGAUGCCUGUCUCCUGCAACCUGUCCAAAGGCCUUCAAAGCCUGCUGACCCCAGUACUGGCUAACAUCUUGGAGGCUGACCAGGAGAAGUGUUGGGGUUUUGACCAGUUCUUUGCAGAGACCAGUGACAUCCUUCACAGGACCGUGGUGUUUGUCUUCAGUCUGCAACAGGCCACCUUACACCACAUCUACAUCCAUGGGUACAACACGGCGGCAUUGUUCCAGGACCUUCUUUCUCGUCGCUCCAGUAUUCCCAUCCACAACCAGGAGCUUCUGUAUGAGGGACGUCGCCUGCUGCUAGAGCCCAACCGCCAGGCUCAGACCUUCCCACGGACCUCCAGAGAUAACCCCAUCAUGCUGCUCAGUCGAGAGUCUGUCGCCACCGUGGGACUCAUCUUCGAAGACCCAAGUCCACCUAAAGUCCAGCCUCGCUAUGAUCUGGACCUAGAUGCCAGCUAUGCCAAGACUUUUGCAGGAGACGUUGGCCAUCUGUGGAAGACAUCAGAGUCCCUGCUGGUCUGUCAGGAGCUGGUCAGGAAGGGAAUGCGGGGGUUAAUUGAGUUAAUGAAGGAGGACUACAGUGAAAUAGUUAAUAAGAAGUCAGAGGUCAUCCACCUGUGUAACUAUUGCACCCAGAUCCUAGAGAGAACUGAGCAGCUCUGUGAGGUGUUGAUGCAGGCCAACAUGUUGUCAUCAGAAUACGAUGAGAUCACCGACAUGAGGAAGAAAAUUGUCAGAAUCUCCAACUCCUUGGUUCCCAUGGAGCAGACGGUGCAGGACAUCAAGACUAAGUUCAUGUCUGGGGGGCUUCUGACAGACAGCUGGACACAGCAAGUAGGCACACAUCCUGAAGACAGGAAUGUUGAGAGGAUCAAGGUUCUGCUGGACUCCAUCACGGCAAUCUACCACCAGUUCAAGAAGGACAAAGCUGAGAGACGUCUGCCUUACAAUGAGGAACAGAUCCAUAAAUUUGACAAGCAGAAGCUGGUCUUCCAUGCCAGUAAGGCGCGUUCUCUGUUCACUGAUGAGUGUGCCAUGAAGUACCGCCUAUUCAUCUCCAAGAGCGAGGAAUGGAUGAGGAAGGUGCAUCACAUCAGGAAGCAGAUGAUUGGUUUAUCCAGCCAGUACUACAGUGUGGAGAAAGAAGUUUCCAUGGUGAUGGAGAGAGUUAUUAAGCUCCAGGAACAAUUACCAGGAAAGGUGCUGCCUCUUGCAUCUAGUGGAAUAGUGAAGCCUCAGGCCUAUCUCAGCCAGAACACCCUGGUGGAAAUGACACUUGGGAUGAAGAAACUCAAAGAAGAGAUGGAGGGAGUAGUAAAAGAGCUUGCAGAGAACAAUCACUUCCUGGAGAGAUUUGGCACGUUGACCCUGGAUGGAGGAAUGAGAAACGUUGACCGGAUUUGACACUGACCCCUGACCCCAUUCCAACCCACUAUGUGGACACAGCCGAGUGUGUGCAGAAUACACAUGACUGCAGAUUGCCAGUGGAAUCUCCCCUGUGUGUGUGUAUAUAUACAUGUUGCAUUACGUUGUAAAUAAUCUCAGACUCUAUGAUGGUUAUAUUGUAUUUUAUAUUUUCUGGCCUUUCCUCCAUGUUAGACAUGUGAGACCGGAGCGAGCAAGGUUUCUUUAUGAACGGAGGUGCAUUAACAAAUCUGUUUUUAUAACUCAUGCACAGUAGUCUGGGCCUAUGUUACCUUUAGUUUACUUUAGUCUGCAGACAUUUUUUACUUGAGGUUUUGAACCAGGCUGUUUUUAUUAAUCUCUGUACAUUUUAAAAUGGCUUCCAGGCUUUAGUUACGUUGGUCUUUUAAAAUAAAUUCAAUGUGUUCUUAAAUAUGGUUUUUGAUAAAACAUCCACAGGUCUAACAUUGUUUAAUGUUUGCCUAAAUUAAUUUCUAUCCAUUUCUUUGCUCAGAUGAGGUUUAUUUCCUCUACAUAAUGUUGACUGUAUGAACCCACUAGCCUAGUUGUUUUGGUGACACACAGGUGUAAAAAUGCUUUGGUGUAGUGUGCCAUCUCCUCUUCCUUUCUAUGGUCAGUUAUUCACUUGUCUUUUUCUUGGAUAAUUAGAAUGCAUAUAAAAAAACAAUUUACAACAGCCACAUGAUCAACCCAUUGAAAUGGUCAAACUCUUCCAAAAUCACACUGUAACCCUAACUGUGAUCUCACCUGGUCUAAAAGUGGCCUUACCGUGUCUCCAGCAGUCCCCUGAGGUUCUCUGACCUAGGAUUGUCUCCAUGCUGGCAGCUGGGGGAGACGGGGAAACUGCUAGCUCUCUUCUAACAGGCUAAAUUAUAUAGUUACUCUUAUUUUGUCUCCUAAACCAAGGAUUAGUAUGCAAAGUGGAACUUUUUAAAUGGGUGAUCUUGUGACUGCUGUUCCUCUGACACAAAAUGAUACUUGAAUAAAAAAAAAAAUAUGUAAAUAAAAACCCAUCAUAAGAUGUUGUAUUUUACCUUCUAGGAUCUACAGGGAAAUAUUAUUGUGAACCACAAACUGAUUUGUAAUGUGGUGGACAAAUAGAAAAUGUGUAAAAUCAGUGAAGAAUCAAGAAUAAAACACUAAUAUACCUUGAGUAGCUAGGUAUUUACCCCCCUGACAUAAUAUGUAUUCAGUCUCUUAAACCUCUCCUCACCUGGAUUGUCCAAUAUUACCUGUUUUUAUUUCCAAAGUUCUGUAGAAGUCUUGCUUUUCAAUUAUUUUAUUUCAUUAGGUUUCCCAUUUGCCCUUCUAGGCAGCAGCUGAUCUUUCUGGGGGUUAAACAUUAAUCAAGACAGUACGUUGAAAUAUAUGAAGCACUAUGAUAUAUUGCCUAAUAGAAAAAUACACAAUAAUAAAAUCUGUAUUUGUGGUUUAAGGCUGCCUGGCGGUCAAAGCUGCGGGGAAAAUAAACUGUGGCAGACUGGGUUUGAAUCCAACCUUAUGCUGUAUGUCCUUCACCACUUUCCUGUCUAAUAAAUGAACUGUGGCAGACUG